AUGCAGAGACAUUCAUCGCAACACCUUUUCAUAGCCGAUAACUCCAACCCCUUUCAGGACACGGCGGCCAUGGCGAAAACAGCGUCAGGAACAGCUUCAAGUUCGGAGUCUCCGUCCACCUCGGUGAUUGAGGGCGGUGGUGCUGGUAUCGAACUAGACCCGUAUCUGGGCGUCAAGGCUAAUCCAAAUUCAAACCCAAACCCAAACGGCAAGACGGAUCCUGCGCUUGAACCCGAGCCUCAGAGCAAUACCAACAUCAACAUCAACACCGAUAUCAUCGACACUGACCCCGAUGGCAGCCCGGUCAAAGACACCGCGCCUCAUGGACAAGAUGGCGAAGAUGAAGAUGCCUCUCAGCCGCCUCACAAGUAUGGUUGGCGCUUCUACGCUAUUUACAGCAGCCUCAUCGCCUCGUCUCUCCUGAGUGCUCUCGACGGCUCCAUCGUCUCAACCGCCCUGCCCACCAUCGCCGAAACCCUCGACAUGGGUGCCAACUCGCCUCUCUUUGGCCAGCUCUCGGACCUCUGGGGUCGUCGCUGGGUCUUUCUCACCAUUCUCGCCAUUUUCACCCUCGGUAGCGGUCUCUGCGGCGGAGCUAGCUCCUCGUCCAUGCUCAUCGCAGGCCGGGCCGUGCAGGGUGUCGGUGCCGGGGGCAUCAACAUGAUGGUCGAUCUCAUCGUGUGUGACCUGGUGCCCAUGCGGGACCGUGGCAAGUUCCUGGGCAUGCUCUUCAUGGUCAUCGGCCUCUUCACGGCGGUGGGCCCUCUCGUGGGUGGUGCCUUUGCCCAAUCCGGCCACUGGCGCUGGGUUUUCUACAUCAACCUGCCCGUUGGCGGGCCCUGUAUGGUCGCCAUCUUCUUGUUCCUGCGCGUCAAGAGCCGCCACGGGGACAGCUCCUUUGCCUCCAAGAUGGGCAAGAUCGACUGGGGCGGCGUCUCCAUGCUCACCAUCUCAACCGUCGGCGUCAUGUAUGCCGUGACCUACGGCGGCUCUCUGCGCAGCUGGACCGACUCGAGCGUCGUGGCCCCCUUGGUUGCUGGCCUGCUGUGCCUCGUCAUCUUUGUUCUUUUCGAGGGCUCCCCCUUCGUGCGCCAGCCCGUCACGCCCUACCACCUCUUCGCCAACCGCACCUCAGCCGUCGCCUACGCCCUCUCCUUCCUGCACUCCGUCAUGGGUAUGUGGAUCAUGUACGUCUUCGCCAUUUACUUCCAGGCCGUCCUCGUCGUCUCACAGACCCUCGCUGGUGUCUACUUGAUGCCCACCGUCAUCGGCUUUCCCAUCGCCGCCGCCGUCGGCGGCACCAUCCUGUCCAAAUGGGGCCGCUACAAGCCAAUCCACUUCAUCGGCUUCGCCCUCUUCACCCUCGGCAGUGGUCUCUGCUCCAUCUUGGGUCACGGCUCGUCGCCCGCCGAGUGGGUUUUCUUCCAGCUCUUCCUCGCCGUCGGCACGGGCCUUGUCAUGGCCUGCCUGCUGCCUGCUGUGCAGGUGAUGCUCAGCGAGACCGAUACGGCCCUCAGCACCGGCACCUGGGCCUUCGUCCGCAGCGUCGGCGUCAUCUGGGGCGUCACCAUCCCCAUCGCAAUCUUUAACAACCGCUUUGACGACCUGCUGGACCUAAUCCAAGACCCGGCCGCCCGCAAGCUGCUCGGCAACGGCCAGGCCUACUCGCACGCUACCGCCGCCGUCGUCAACUCCUUUUCCGGCGCCACCCGCGACCAGGUCAUCGAUGUCUACACCCAGAGCAUCCAGCGCGUCUGGCAGAUAUCGGUGGCCUUUGGCGGCGUCAGCAUGCUCUUGGCCCUGGUUGAGAAGGAGAUCUCGCUGCGAAAGCAUCUGCAGACCGACUUUGGCCUUGACGACGAGAAGAAGAAGCAGACCACCCCGGAAGUGACUGCUUAG